ACCGUCCCACCGAUGCCCAAGUUCACAACCCUGCAGGCUGUGAUAGAGAGAGAGGCUGUCUCUGUGUGUGUGUGUGUGUCUGCUAUUGUUUUUGGAUGAAUAGACAGACUUCUGAUCAACUUGUAUUCUUUUCUCAGACCAGGACAAACUCAAACAUUUCAACUUGUUUUUGUUUGUUAAUGUUUAGUGGUCUUUGUUUCCUCUCCAUCCGGACUGAUGUGAGUUGAUGUCGCGGUGUAACCAAGAUGGACUCGUGUUGUCUGGCUGGAGACUAGAGAGAUAACAAUCAGUAGACUUUAUUGAGUUAUUAUAUUAUUCAUCAGGUGGAUGUAGCCGGACUGGGUCGUUUCACAUCCUAUAAUAAUAAUAAUGAACAUUUUGCCUCUGAAGUUUCGGUGAACUUGUUUGUCCAUGUCGGGAGUGGUCCGCACGCUGAGCCGCUGCCUGCUGCCGGCCGAGGCGAGCCGGGAGGCGGGCAGCAGCAAGGAGGGCAGCCGGGAGAGGGACCGGGAGCGCGACGCCGUGCUGAAGGAGCGCGAGGCGAGGCGCCGGAGCCGGGAGAUAGACGCCAUGCUCGCCCGGGAGAGGAGAGCCGUCCGCCGGCUGGUGAAGAUCCUGCUGCUCGGAGCCGGAGAGAGCGGAAAGUCCACUUUCCUCAAACAGAUGCGCAUCAUUAAUGGACAGGAGUUUGAUAAGAAAGCACUGCUGGACUUCCGGGACACUAUCUAUGAGAAUAUACUGAAGGGCAUGCGUGUGCUGGUGGACGCCCGGGACAAGCUGGGCAUCAGCUGGCAGAGCUGCGAGAACGAGAAGCAGGGCAUGCUGGUGAUGUCGUGGGAGGGACGCGUGGGCGGCUCGGGGGUCGAGCCGAGUGAGUUUCAGCUGUACGUGAUGGCGCUGAGCGCGCUUUGGGCGGACGCUGGCAUACAGCAAGCCUAUGCACGACGCUCUGAGUUCCAACUGAGUGAGUCAGUCAAGUACUUCCUGGAUAACUUGGAUCGUAUUGGUCAAAUGAACUUCAUCCCAAGCAAGCAGGACAUUUUGUUCGCGAGGAAGGCGACCAAAGGCAUCGUCGAGCACGACUUUGUCAUCAAGAAGAUUCCUUUCAAGAUGGUGGACGUCGGAGGGCAGAGGUCCCAGAGGCAGAAGUGGUUUCAGUGUUUCGACGGGAUCACAUCGAUACUCUUCAUGGUUUCCUCGUCAGAGUACGAUCAGGUCUUGAUGGAGGAUCGAAGGACGAACCGUUUGGUGGAGAGCAUGAAUAUCUUUGAGACGAUCGUCAACAACAAGCUCUUCCUCAACGUGUCCAUCAUCCUCUUCCUCAACAAAACAGACCUGCUGGUGGAGAAGAUUCGCACAGUGGACAUCCGCAAGAACUUCCCCGAGUUCAGAGGAGACCCGCGCCGGCUAGAGGACGUACAGGCGUUCCUGGUGCAGUCGUUCAGCCGCAAGAGGAGAAACCGGGGAAAGCCGCUCUUCCACCACUUCACCACUGCGAUAGACACAGAAAACAUCCGCUUUGUUUUUCACGCCGUCAAGGACACCAUCCUGCAGGAAAACCUCAAAGAUAUCAUGCUGCAGUGACCUUCGCGCUGCAGACGACUGUAAACUGUGAAACCAGCCAGGAAUCCAGGCCUGGAGGACACUGCAGCCCACCCGUGCAUAUUAACACUGACCUGUGGAGCAGUCAAUGGAUUUAACUUGACUCUGAACCUGUGGAUCCCUGAAGUGACUCUGGACCUGUUGGCCUACCGUCGGCCCCUGUGGAAACUGUGAGGGUCGCAGAGGACAAGACCCUGCAUUUAACCUGUAUAAAUGUGUGUAAGCUGGAAAGACAGUCACCUUCUUGUAGCUCUCGCCUUCAUACACAGGUUAGAAAAUGUUUUUAAAUAAGAAGAAAAAAAAUAGAGAAAAGCACCAACUACAUGACAUGAGCACUGAAAGUGUUUUUUUUCCUCAGAUGUAUAUAUAUAUAUAUAUGACUAUUGACAGCCCUGUCACUAAACAUAAAAGUCAGACUGCUGCCGGUUGAAGCUGGAUCAAGCUGUGUGAGCAAGAAGCAGGAGGGAGGAAAGACAGAAAGAUGAAGGGAAGUUUAGAGCGAGCUGAAGAAGAAGAAGAAGAAUGCCUUGUCCUAACGUCCACGUGACGGAGGGAGAGGGGUGAGGGUUUUGGGCUCAUACUAGUCAUAUGCUGUGUUAUGUGAUAAGGUUGCACAAGUGUUCCUGUCAAUGAACUUUAACAGAGGAAAGAGAUGAGCCUCUCUCGUGCUCCCUCCUGUGCGUCUUCUCUCUAUCUUUACCUCUCCUCCCCUGCUUGUGUUUAACUGUUUAUGAACAGCUGCAGAUAACAAGUCUUAUCCCUCGUAUCCUAUAACUCUCCUCUUGGCACAAAACACCGAUUGUUCGUUUCCUCCCUCUCCGGCAGAAACAGUACACGCUCAAAUUAGAGACUCUCCUUAGCUUGAAGAAACACAGAAACACACAGCUCCCGGUCCUGCAUGAAUUAUGGUUCAUCUCUAUCCCACAAUGCCUUUCUUCUAUUUCCCACCAACAUCCCAUUAGAAGCACCACAACAGCCUAGACUUAACUUGAGGCGUAUGAUAAGUAUCCCCUUUACAAGAAGGCUUCGGUAUGCGGUUACACUACUCACUCUUUUGUCCUGUAAACGUGAAGGGAACAGCAUGGUUGAACUGUAAAUGACCUUAUUCCCAUGUUGUCAGCGGCCAUUUAGGAUCUCUGUAGCAGUCGGGGUGGGAAGUCUACCCAGCAGUUGGCACCAAACGAGUGAAACAAACCAGAUGGAACAAAAACACUUAUGCAGAUGAUACACAAUAGGUUUCUUUCCUCCACCGAGUCUGGUAUUUUUUAUAUAAGGACACCUCUGAGUUACAACAUCAUCCAUUUUUAUAAAGUGUGUUUGGUUAGGUAGUGCUGCGACAGAAAACUCAUCAGCAACUAUUUUGAUAGUCAAUUAUUGGUCAUUAAUCAAUGAAACAUGCUGGUUCCAGCUUCUCAAAUGUGACAGUUUGCUGGUUUUUCCUGUGUUAUAUUAUUGUGAAUUGAAUGUGUUUGAAUUAUCGGGCUGUUUGUUGGGCGAAGCAAGUCGUUUAAAGAUGUCACCUUUGGCUCUAGGAAAAUGUGUUCACUAUUUUCUGACAUUUUAAUGCUGCACUAGUGAAUACUUUUAUAUUAACGAUGGAAAAAAUGUGAAAGGGGUCGUUGGUAGCGAUGAACCCGAGAGCGAAUUAUCACACGACUCUGUUCCCCUCAGCUCUAAAGAAAGUUUUAUCGUCUUUCAGCUCAUUGUUUUGGCAACUUGGUUCACUCAAAUAGGCAGCUGCUUUCAGCAAAAAUGCUCUGAUAAACCCACUUUAAACUACCUGCUACCAAACAGCAGACAGACACAGUUAGCAGUUAGCUGGUGAACAUAGUGGAGCAUCUAGCAGCUAACAAGCCAGAUAUUUCUCUCAGGAGUUGGUGGAGACCAAAACAGAUUUAAAAGGGGAGUGAAUAUUGGGUUUACAUUCAUGAGGUGACCAGAAACUCCAUAUCAAUGUUCCUCCGUUGUAUGAUGGAUUAAUAAGUAACUGUUUUCUAAUAUCAACAUUUUAUGGUGGUAAUACACUCAGUGGCCAAUUUAUUAGGUACAGCUGUUCGUUAAAGGAAGGGUCCAUCUGUGUUCUGUUCUGUUUUUUCCAAAUGUGAACGCCCACUCAGCCGUUGCAAAAAGCAGUGACGUAGGUAACCAAAGUAAGCUCAUUGAAGCUAAUCAAUAAGGUUAUGAAUAAUGUGAGCGCUAGCACUAGCUGAGUCAAAGUUAGCUGUGCUAAGUUUUGAAAUACUUGAAAGGGUUAGUUCGGAUUUUUUGAAGCAGAGUUGUUUGUAUACUCCUGCGUUCUGCGAGGUAAAAUUAUUGCUUUUGUGAAUGUAGUCUGGUGGCUUUUAAGAGAGUGAUAUAACGGCCUCAGUUCCCCGUUGGAACAAGCCGUCUGACGGAGAGGUAAAGCAGCUGUGGAUGGGAGCAGCAGAAAAGCGU